AUGCGUCCCUCGACCGCUACUUCUGCGGAUGGUCCUCUGAAUCUGUAUCAGGCAGUCACGCUGGCAGUCACUCCCGAAGCCAAGGGCCGUGGUACAAUGGUUACACUUAACGAUCGCAUCGACAGCGCCUUCUAUGUGGUCAAGAACAACGCAAAUUCGUUGGACACAUUCAAAGCCAUUGAACAAGGCCAUCUUGGUUUCUUCUUGGACUCGAUACCGCAAUUCUACUACUCAGCCGCCACACCCCACGGCAAACCUUUCUUCGAUCUUGCAGCAUUGAACCUGACUUCCUUGCCUCAUGUCGACAUUCUCUAUGGCCACCAAGACAGCAACCCAGAGCUCAUCCGCGCCUCUGCCGAAUCAGGUGCCGAAGCCAUCGUCUUUGCUGGCACUGGUGCCGGUGGUUGGACAUCAGCCGGCAGAAAGGUUGCUCAAGCCGUCUACAAUGAGACUGGCAUUCCUAUGGUAUUUUCCACUCGUACGAUGAAUGGCUUUGUGUCGCCUGAAAGCAAUGACUGGUCCAUUGCUAGUGGCAACCUUGAUCCUCAAAAGGCUAGGAUUUUGCUUCAGUGCGCUUUGGCGGUUGGAUAUAACACAACGCAGAUCGCCGAUAUCUUUGAUGCGCUUCAGGUAUCAUAG